AUGCGGACCGUGAAAGCACUGUACCGUCUGCUGCGCAAAAUUUUUUUCUCAUAUUACGUUAAAAAAACAAAGACGCCUAUCCUCUCGCCCCGCCCUAUUUAAUGCCUCGCUAUUUUGUCUGCUCUCUUCUGCUUUUAUCCAUCUUUUUUUAACAAAUUGACAUGGACCAUAACAAAUCCCAACGUACAUACGACCAAGCCUUUUUGUUUGCCAUCGGAGAAACAAACCGAACAAGUAAUUCCAAAAAACGGGCACUAAUGUUUGCUGAUUUUUACGAUGUUGUACCUGUCGCAGUCAACGAUGAAGAUGGUAAUGAGUUAGACGUCAAUUUAUCCUCAAGCCAUAUAGAACAGUUCCAGACCAUGCUUUCAAAACCAACACCACUCACUGUAAGGCGUCCAAUUCAAGAUGUAUCUCCCAAAACCAUUUUUCGAACUUGUAAUACUGUCAACAGCAUCGGUAAAUUCGGAGCCUAUUCCCAAUACUUAAGCAAACGCCACUACACUGAAUUGGCCAAGGACAUGAUCGAACUACUCAACCAAGACAUCAAGCCAAGCCAACGGUUUAUUACAGCAAGAGCACUCAUCGGAUCAGUUAUAAUUGAUUCUGAAAACAAUCGUGGUCUCCUUAUUUUAGCUUUGGAAGUAUAUGGUCGUGACCCUGACAUUGACAGCCACUCUGAACAACGUAGCUCUACUGGUUUAACAAGGCUAACGACAUCUGUACCGUCUGUAGGCCAAAAUGAUUUUGAGAUUUUUACCAUGCGCCAAACCGAAGGCAGCAAUAUAUCUAUCAAGCUUAUACUGGGUACCCACUCGUUUAACGCCCUUGGGACUGCUAGUACACGUAUUGACAACUUGGUUGAUCAUCCGGAAUGCGGACCGUGA